AUGAGGGCAGCGAGAGGGCUGGGGACAGGCGCUGGGGAGAAGAGCUGGGCUGAGAGGCGGGCAGUGCUCCUGCCCUUCCUGCUGUCUUUGUUCUGUCGGGCGCUGACUGAGCCGAUCGGCUACACGAUUCCCGAGGAAAUGCCCCAGGGCUCGGUGGUGGGGAACCUCGCCAAGGACCUGGGACUCAGUGUCCACGAGUUACCUGCUCGAAAACUGCGCGUCAGUUCAGAGAAGCCUUACUUCACUGUGAGCGCAGACAGCGGGGAGUUACUUGUGAGCAGCCGGCUGGACCGCGAGCAGAUUUGCGGGAAGGAGCCAGCGUGUGCUCUGGAGUUUGAGGCUGUUGCAGAAAAUCCGUUAAAUUUUUACCACGUGAACGUGGAGAUCGAGGAUAUCAAUGACCACACGCCAAAAUUCACACAAAAUUCCUUUGAGCUCCAAAUAAGUGAAUCUACACUUCCAGGCACUCGAUUUAUAUUAGAAGUAGCAGAAGAUGCAGAUAUUGGCUUAAACUCUCUGCAGAAUUAUGAACUUUCGCUAAGUCCUAGUUUUUCGUUGAUCAAUAAGAAGAAACAAGAUGGCAGUAAGUACCCGGAACUGGUAUUGGAAAAACCCUUAGACCGGGAACAACAGAGUUACUAUCAUUUAGUCCUGACUGCCUUGGAUGGUGGUGCUCCAUCCCUAAGCGGCUCCACUGAGCUGCGGAUCCAGAUCACUGAUGCCAAUGAUAACCCCCCUGUAUUCAACCAGGAAGUAUACAGGGUCAGUCUUCCAGAAAACGUGCCCCUGGGUACCACCGUCCUGCAAGUGUCAGCCACCGACCAGGAUGAGGGCAUCAACUCAGAAAUCACGUACUCCUUCCACAGAUCUGGGCAGGCCUUUGGUCUGAAUUCAAAAAGUGGGGUAAUUACAACUCUAAGGACAAUGGAUUUCGAAGAAAUCAAGGAAUAUUCUCUCGUCGUGGAAGGCAGGGAUGGAGGAGGACUGGCUGCACAAUGUACAGUUGAAAUUAACAUUCAAGAUGAAAAUGACAACAGCCCAGAAAUUACCUUCCAUUCUCUACUUGAAAUGAUUCUAGAAAAUGCAGUACCAGGAACAAUAAUUGCUUUGAUCAAAAUACACGACAAAGAUGCUGGAGAAAAUGGGGAGGUUAACUGUCGAUUACAGGGUGAUGUCCCUUUUCAGAUAAUCUCUUCAUCCAAAAAUUCAUAUAAAUUGGUGGUAGAUGGGACGCUGGACCGAGAGCAGACUCCAGAGUACAAUGUCACCAUCAUAGCCACAGACAGGGGUAAGCCACCCCUCUCCUCCAGCAAAAGUGUCACCUUGCACAUCUCUGACGUCAAUGACAAUUCUCCAGUUUUCCACCAGGCCUUUUAUUUGGUCCAUGUGAUGGAGAACAACUCUCCAGGCACAUCUAUCGCCCAAGUCAGCGCCUCCGAUCCGGAUCUGGGACCCAACGGCCACGUCUCCUACUCCAUCGUGGGCAGCGACCUGGGCCUGCUGGCGGUCAUUCUGGCCAUUGCCCUGCGCCUGAGGUGGUCCUCCAGCCACUCUGCUUGGGGGAGCUGCUUUCAGCCUGGUCUCUGUGUCAAGUCUGGACCAGCGGUUCCCCCCAACUACAUGGAAGGGACUUUGCCUUACUCCUACAAUCUGUGCGUUGCCCAAUCUGGCAAGACGGAGUUUAAUUUUCUAAAAUAUAAUGAGCAGUUGACUUCAGGGCAGGAUAUACUUUGUGAUGAAACAUCUGGGGCCUUGUUUCCACUUUGCAACGGCAGCGAGUCGACUUCCCAGGAGGUAAGUUUCAUUUAA